AUAACACAAACAUAACAAUAGCAAGAAAGAGUGUCUAUGGUGUAUGAAUGUAGAUAUGUUGCCAGGGGAUGUAUGACAGCAUGUCAAAUGUAGUGGAAUUUGUGUAAGUGUGGUAAUUUUUUUUACAAUGAAAAAUUGAAAUAAAAUGAUUAACUGGAAGAUAGCUGUCUUACUUAGCGAUAUUAAAAGCUCAUGAGAAAAUGGGACGUUCUGAUGUCUUGAAAUUUAAUAAUGAACUAAAAGCUAAACCGACAUUCCACAAUGCACCACCGCCUGAUUGGACAGCUAGUGAACGAGAGUCGUGCAGGCGAGCUUACCCGAAGAAACACUGGCACCAAGUCGCGGGGUAACAACAACAACAGCAGCAGCGUGCGCGCAACACAGAGAAAGAAACUGUAAACUAGUGGAUUAACAUGGAGCGCACUUGAUUUUGAACUGCAUGAUGUACACGAUGAACACGUAGUAAGAAUGUGGAUAUCCAAGUAAAGUAUCUUACAAUUACAGGAACUUCACUGGGAACAUGGACGUGUACUCUGAGACUUAGUGACAGUUUACAUCAGCAUCACACUGCUAAACAGCAUUCAACGGAGGGUAAUAAAAACAUGGGCUCCAAGUUGACCAGGCAGAGUAGUCUGGACAGUCAAGCCAGUUUUUUCAAGAAGGGGCGCAAGCGCCACGCCAGCUCGGGGGAUGCCGAGCGGAACGAGAGCCGAGGCGGCGGGGACUUUCUGUUCACAUCCCUGAUGCUGAAGUCGGAGAAGCUUCCGGGGAUGCUGCGGAGAAACAGUAACGACAGCCCCUAUGUGAGGAGGGUAACCUGGGUCCGGGACAUUCAGAGGCUGCUACGGGAACAGAAGGUUAAUCAGGCAGAGGAUGUGCUGAAAUUAUUGAGAAAGGAUUUGGGACUGGAGGGCACGUCUCUCAAUGACAUUUUGUAUAAGAACGCUGCCUUCCUUAACCUGGUGGAUCCUAUCUCCCAUGAGCUCCUCCUAAGCUUGGCACGGGACAUGCAUUGUCCAAAAAGGGAGGCAGACGCCGUGAAGUCCUCUGAUAAAAUCUGCAAACAGCUCAUCUACCACCUGACCCCUCACUCGAAGUGGAUGCGACAGAGCGUGCCCAAAAGGAAGACCCAGGCCUGUCUGAAGACCACUCUGAAGAAGAAGCUGUCCAACGACAUCGUGGAUCUUUCCGGAAUCCCGCUGUCAAGCCGUGACGUCCACAGGGUGACGCUGUACCUGCAGGGCUGCAGCGUGCCGGUGACUGCAGUGGACCUGAGCUUCACCGAGCUGCAGGACGAGAGCCUGCGCCUUCUCUUACCCUCUCUCAGCGCCCUCCCCAAGCUCACCACUCUCGCCGUCAAUGGCAACCGCCUCACCACGGCCAUCCUCAAGGACCUGAUGGAGACCCUGAAGGAGCCACGACACUUCCCCAGCAUGGCCUGGGUGGACCUGGGCAACAACGUGGACAUCUUCACACUGCCGCAGCCACUGUUGGUGGCCCUGCGCAGGCGCUUUGGCAUGAGGAGCAGUCUGCCCACCAUCUACGAGUACAGUGAGGGCCACACCAAUGCCUGCUACUACCGACUGGAGAUGUCCACCGAUGAGCCCAGUGUGUUUGAGGAGGAUGAGGAGGAAGAAGAGGAGGAGGAGGAGGUGGUGGUGGAUAGACAGGUGGAGGUGAAGCUGGAAGAGAGACAGGUGGGGGUGAGACAGGUAGAGGUGAGAGAGGUACAGAUGGAGGCGCCAGAGAGACAGGUGGAGGUGAGAGAGGUAGAGGUGAGAGAGGUACAGAUGGAGGCGCCAGAGAGACAGGUGGAGGGACUUCAGUGA